CACUAAAACCAGGACGACCCAACCAUCAAUUAUUGAUAGAGUCAAGUCAAGACAGCAAGUCGUUUGGCAGCAACGAAGAAGAGCCAUGGCAAUUUCCUGGUAAUCUGAGGCAUCACCUCUCUUCAUAUUUUACAGUGUGAGGCACAAAUCCCAGAAAAAUCUUCACCAAAUUAACAGAACAACAAAAACACGAUGCCCAGAAAGGCAGAUUCUCGCCGCAGCCAAACUGCCAGGAGCGGUAGUUCUUCUCAUCAUGUGGUCAAUGUCGAAAUGACCGAUGGCAGCAGCGCAGGAUCAGUCGACGGGAUAGGUUUCUGCAUCUUUAGAGUGCCCCAAAGCCUGUCCGAGAUCAAUCAGAUGGCGUACCAGCCGAACACGGUCCCGAUCGGCCCCUACCACCAUGGAAAGCCACAGUUUCAAAAAAUUCAAGAGCACAAGCAGCGAUUCUCCAUCGAUCUGCUCAAUCGAACAAAGCAAAAAAGGGACAAGCUAAAGCACUUUGCCGAGGCUUUAAAACCAACGGAGGAGAAGAUAAGAAAGUGCUAUUCCGAGGCCUUAGCUUUCAAAAGUGAUGAGCUCAUCGAGAUGAUGGUACUUGAUGGUUCCUUCAUCAUCGAGCUGUUCUGCAAGUACUACCGUAAAUUGGCAGGCCACACCGAUCCGGGGCAUGACCCCUUACUGACCGAGCCAUGGGUGUUGCCUUUCCUCAUGCGGGAUCUCGCCAAACUUGAGAACCAGAUUCCUUGGUUCGUUCUUCAACAUUUGUUCGAUCUGACGUUGGGGUCUUGGAAUGAGAGCCAUCCUUCUCUGUCCGAUCUCGCCUUGAGUUUCUUCAACCGCAUGGUUCAAAGACCAGAUAAUGACUUGAAGAAGUACUCCGAUUGGGAAGGAGAACAUCUGCUUAAUUUCCUCCGUUUGACUAACAACCCAGAUUCUCCAGAAACAAAACAAAAACCAAAUAAAUUCCUUCGCCUGAUCCAGCCCGCGAAUAAGCUCCACCAGGCAGGCAUUAAGUUCAAGCCGACCCAUUGUGCAAGCUUCAUGGACAUCAAAUUCAGCAACGGUGUCCUGGAAAUUCCAGUACUUAAAUUCGAUGACUUUUUGAGUUGUCUGUUCCUCAAUUUCGUCGCAUUUGAGCAGUGCCACCGGGCCUCCUCCAAGCAUGUCACAGCUUAUGCCACUUUCAUGGCUUGCCUCCUUAACACACCGGCAGAUGCUGGGUUACUGUGCGACCGCAAGAUCAUCGAGAGAUAUUUUGGGACGGAUGAGAAAAUUGCCCAUUUCUUCAGCAACAUCGGGAAAGAUGUUGUGUUCGACAUCCACAAAAACUAUUUAUGCCAGGUGUUCCAGGAUGUGAACACGUAUAACGAGAAGGACUGGCGAGUGCAUUGGGCCAGCUUCAAGAACACCUACUUCAACAGCCGGUGGUCUCUCAUUUCAGCUGUAGCAGCAUUCCUACUUCUUGCUCUCGCGGCAAUUCAGUCUUUCUUUGCAGUACGUACUUAUUACCAACCUCAGUCCAGUCCCAAUCCUUCCAGUCCCAAUCAUCAGUGAAGUUUAAUGUAUGAUCUACAUCUGCUGCUCAUAGUUGUUGGUCACUAGUCCAUAUUUCCGACCUCCUUCAUGAUUCAAUCAUUAGUAAUGUUAACCCUGUAUAUUCAUUUUGUACAAGGUGUUUAAGGGGUGAAACUGAGUUUUGGCUUCCAAUGAAUACAUACUACUUAUAAUUCUUAGA